CGCAGAUCCAUGUCAAAACCAUUCAAUCACCACUUUUUCUUUCUUUUUUUUUUUUUUUUACAGUUCUCCGCACGUAUGAAUCGUAGUUCUUUUCCUAUUACCACCCAUUGUAUUGACAUGUGUCAUCAUAGUCGGUGAACCCUAACCCAAAAGAACAGAAAACCGGGGUAGUUGUCAACGUUAAAUUUUCAUCUUAUAGGACGAGAUGAACACUAAUCUUGUUUUUGCUUUCCUAGUAAUUGAAACCGCAAAUUGUUACCCUCGUGAAUGGGUUGGGUCGAGUUGGGCUCUUAAAUUCGUUAUUUCAAUGAAUAAGAAUAAAAGGUAGAUGCUCCUCUGAAUGGACGUCUCUACUUUCUAUUGUCUCGGUGUCUCCACUCUCAAUAGAUAAAUAAUAAUAAAUAAAAAUCAUCCAUUGGGGUUUGAGGAUAAAUAAUAACAUGAAGACAGUAGCAACUGCGAGCAACAAUGGAUGGAGAUGGAGCUUUCUAUUUCCACACUUGAGUAGCAGCAGCAGUCUCGGGAAAGCCACUCUUCCACUCCCCAUCAAACUCAGACUACACCCUUUUAAAGCCAACAAUAAUAUCGUGGCUUCCUCUAAUGCAAAGCAAGCAAAUUUGUUUGCUUCAAGGACCCAAAGGGUUAAGCUUCCGGUUUAUGAUGACACUUUCAAAGACAAGGGCGAUGGCGGCCAACCUUAUCAUAUCAGUCAAUUUUUAAGCCACCCAUCUGGGAUCCAAGCUAUACUAAACACUAGAGCCUUAGAAAAUUUUGAGCUUCUUGACACCAAUGCGUACAGGUGCACACUUCCAAAACUUGCGCUCUUCAACUUUGAAGCAAGUCCUGUACUUGACUUACGAGUGAUCCCCACGAAAGAAGACUGCAUUGUUGAGUUAUUUUCUUGCAAGUUCAAGGGUUCAGAAGUUGUGGAACGCCAAAAUGACCAUUUUUCAGCUACUAUGAUAAAUCAUAUUACUUGGGACACAAAUAUGUCUGAACCAUUUUUAGAGGUUGAUGUGAAGUUGAAUCUAUGUCUUGAGAUUUACACGCGACCUUUUAUUUUACUGCCAACUUCAGCCGUGGAGGGUCCGGGAAAUAUAAUGAUACAAGCUCUACUGGAUAGACUUGUUCCUUUGCUUCUUCAGCAACUAGUGCAAGAUUACAGCAACUGGGUUCAACUCCAAAAGCAGCUGAUAAAUUAGCUUAUUUGUUCAUAUCAGCUGGCAAACUAGCAAAGGCAAGGCCGAGUUAGAACAUAGUUAGACCCAGCAAGAAGCUUUCCACAUGGGCUUGGGGUGACUCUAAAAUUAAAAAUAAAUAAGAUGCUCACAUUUGUUGUAUUAAAAUGAUAAUUUCUGUAUACUAACUCAACCUAAUCUUAUGUCGCUGUAUUGGUUAUUCCUUGUCAAUAUUUUAACUACUUGUUUGUAUGCAUUGUUAAGAUUGUAAUUGAAAUGCCCUUUUGCUCAA